GACCGCCUCUCCGUCGACUCGUCCGUCUGUCUGUCUGUCCACCCUUCCAUCCACUUCUCCAUCUCUUUGUCCACCCUUCCAUCCGCUCCUCCACCUCUCCAUUGACUCUUCCGUCUGUCCACCCUUCCAUCCACUCAUCCACCUCUCCGUUGACUCGUCCAUCUGUCCAUCCAUCCACCCUUCCAUCCACUUGUCCAUCUCCUCGUCCAUCCAUCUCCUUGUCCACCUCUCCGUUGACUCUUCCAUCUGUCCGUCUGUCCACCCUUCCAUCUGCUCCUCCACCUCUCCGUUGACUCUUCCAUCUGUCCACCCACCCACUCCUCCACCUCUCCAUCCACUCGUCCAUCUGUCCAUCCCUCCACCCUUCCAUCCUCUCCUCCCUCUCCUUAUCCACUCCUCCACUCCUCCGUCCACUCCACCUUCUCUCCCCCCAUCCAUCCUCUUCUCCACCCGCUCUUCCUUCUCUCCAUCCCAUCCCGGCUCACCAUGAGCGUCUCCCGCAGCAGCAGCGUCCGCUCCACCUCCUCCCACCGUUCUUCUCUCACCUCCACCUUUGGGUCUUCUCGACGGUUGAUGACCCCAACGAGCGCCGCCAGCGUCUACGCCGGGGCCGGUGGCUCGGGGUCUCGUGUCUCCGUCACUCGUUCCACCAGUUUCACCACCUCCGCUGGUGGCCACGGAGGUGGUUAUGGAACCAAAUCCUUGUGGAUGGCUUCUGGCGUGGUGACCAACGAGAAGGAGACCAUGCAAGACCUCAAUGACCGCUUGGCCACCUACUUGGAGAAGGUGAGGACCUUGGAGCAGGACAACCGACGCCUGGAGGUGCAGAUCCGUGAGUUCAUGGCCAAGAGAGGACCCAACACUCGGGAUUGGAGCCACUACUGGGACGUCAUCGAGGAGCUGCGGGACAAGAUCUUCGAUGCGGCGGUGGACAACGCUCGCACAGUGCUGCAGAUCGACAACGCCCGACUGGCGGCCGAUGACUUCCGGGUCAAGUACGAGGCGGAGUUGGCGAUCCACCUCUCGGUGGAGAACGACAUCGUGGGGCUGCGCAAGGUCAUCGAUGACACCAACAUGGCGAGGCUGCAGCUGGAGGGGGAGAUUGAGUCCCUCAAGGAGGAGCUCAUCUUCAUGAAGAAGAACCACGAGGAGGAGAUGAAGAGCCUCCAGGCUCAGGUCUCCGACUCAGCCGUAACGGUGGAGGUGGACGCGCCCAAGUCGCAGGAUCUGGGCAAGAUCAUGGCGGAGAUCCGGGCGCAGUACGACGCUCUGGCCCAGAAGAACCUGGAGGACCUGGAGAAGCAAUGGGGGCGGCAGAUCACGGAGAGCACCAUUGAGAUCACGCAGAGCAGUAAGGACAUCGACACCGCCCGCAGCACCGUGGUGGACCUCCGUCGCUCCGUCCAGACCUUGGAGAUCGAUCUGGAGUCCCUUCGCAACCAGAGAGCCGGUUUGGAGGCCAACCUGGUGGAGGUGGAGAACCGUUACGCCAUGGAGGUGGAGCAGGUCAACGGGCUGAUCCUUCACACCGAGGCGGAGCUUCUCCAGGUGCGCAACGAGCUCCAGCGUCAAGCCGAGGACUACAAUGUCCUCCUCAACGUCAAGGGCCAGUUGGAGGCCGAGAUCGCGACCUACCGGCGGCUGUUGGAUGGAGGAGAUGACUUCAGCCUGAGGGACGCUCUGGAGAAGGAGACCACGUCCACCACGCAGAGGAGCACUCAGAGGGUGGUGGACGGGAAGGUGGUGGUGGAGACCAAAGAGGUGAAGGUGAGGACGUACUGAGCCAUCGGAGGGGACACCGUGGAGCGCCGACCGCCGGGAGGUCCCCAACGUCAAUAAAAUGGCACUGUCC